AACUGCUCGUACCAAGGAUUCAAGAAAGUUCCAGAUAACUUACCAACAAACGCCACGGACCUUGACCUGUCCUACAAUAAUAUGACGUGUUUGCCGGAUUGCGUUUUUUGCAGGUAUUCACAGCUGCGUGUUUUAAAUAUCUCUAACAACGGACUCGUAACCGUGCAAGAAAACUCCUUUAAAAACCUGGCCAAAUUAGUGUCUUUGAAUUUACAACAAAACAAGAUAUUCUUCAACAAUAAUCCAAAAUUCAAGGCGGUGUUCAUGAAUUUGCCUUCACUGACCUCUUUGCGCGUCGGAAAAAAUAAAAAUUUCUUCAAAUACUUUUCACCUGAUGAAAUACUGGGGGGGCUGAAAAAUCUUCAAGAACUAUAUAUGGAUGGGAAUAUUACGACGAUGAAAAGGUUGCGAAAUAUGACGUCACUGCGUAAGUUAACCCUGGAAGGGCAUACGCAGGGAACGUGUUUAUUGAAAAAACUUGACGAUGCAUCCUUCAUCAAUUUGGCUCAACUGAUACAACUUGACAUCAAUACUUGCCAUAUUCACAAAGUCGCAAACCGUGCCUUUCAACCCCUCCAACGCCUUAAGUAUCUCAACCUCAGCUUCAACUUCUUCAUCCGCGUCAAAGCGAUGACUAUGAUCUUGUCGAGUUUGAAAUAUUCAGACAUCACGACGCUAGCAAUGAAUUACAUCAACCCGUUUUACUUACGGGGCGUGCUCAUCACGACGAAAAUUAUUCAAAGUCUACCAGUAAAGUUGGAGCACCUUGAGGCUGCGGGCAACGGGUUUGAGCUGUUUGAACCUGGGAGUUUGAAGCAUGUUCCUGAAAACCUCAGCUUCGUAGAUUUGGGGAAUAACCGUAUUAUUUACGGGCCAUACUUGAGUGAAUUGUAUCUUCUCAAAAACCUACGCAACGUGACGCUCAGCGGUGACGCCGUCGUUCGACAUCUCCCAAGAAGUUCCGACGUGCCGCACACGUUUACGUUAUUUGAGAGGACGUCCUUUAAUGAUGAUGACAACACCGUCAAAGACGGCGACGACAACGAGACGUCGCCCUUUAAUGAAGAUGACAGCAACGUCAAAGAGGACGAUGACAACGAUGCCAGCCCUGAGGAUUUACCCUCACUGGAUAUCAGACUGCCACCGAACGUGCAGCAUAUCGAAAUGGGUUCUUUGAGCUUACAUUACAUCUUCACAGCACUGCACGUUCACCCGAGCAACUGUUUGGAGAGUUUGACAUUAAACGAUAAUAUCUUCCCUGUUUUAAAGGGGCCGUUAUCGGGUCUCGAGAAACUGAAAUACCUUGACCUCAGAUUCAACUCGAUAAACGCUCUUCAAAGGCGUUUCUUCCAGAAUUUGACGGGCUUGAAGGAUCUGAUGCUUGGCACCAACAAGCUGAGGGAUUUCUUCGCCAAUUACAAGGAAGGGUGGCAUAUAUUUUACGACCUCAAGGGUCUGACCACCCUUGACCUUUCAAACAACGACCUGACCUUCGUUAAUGACGAGAUCUUCGAAAGCCUUGAAAACUUACAGAGUUUAUACAUGGAACACAGCAGCAUGUGGCAGUUCCACGUCAACAUUUCUCACAUGAAAGACUUGAGGCUGGUCAACCUCAGCCACUCCCAGCUAAGCAGUCUCCCUAAACACGUUCAAAACGACAUCGACCUCUCCUGUAGGAAAGCAUCCCACCCAAUUUUCAUCGACCUGUCCUUCAACCCGCUUCAGUGCGACUGUGACCAUCUGGAUUUCCUGACGUGGAUGGUAAAAUCUUGCGGCUUCGACCGAAACUUCACCAACUACAUGUGCAAGUACCCCGAUGAGUCCACCAGGACGAUAAACGACUCCUAUCGCGCCGAUCUGAUGACGCUGAACAGAACAUGCGCCGAGAACGUCCCCUUGUUCUUAGCUGUUCUGGCCGCGACGGUGGGCAUGCUUGGGUUUGUGGUAGCCGGUAUACUGUACAGGUGAGACGCUGGGUUAUUAGGACGGAUCAGAAAAAAAAAACUGUGGUGAGAAGUUAUAAAAAUUUUUUGUGAUAGAAAACUGUGAUAUUAUUUUUUUUAAAAAUUCACAUUUGAUGAUGCUUAAAUAUAUUUGUAUUUAUAUAUAUAUGAAUUCAAAAUGUGAUACUUUACAAAAAAAAAAAAAAAAAAAAAACAAAAAAAAACAGCAACAAAUAUAUCGUUUUGAAUUCUGGCAAAUAUUUAAUCUGGAAAAAAAUUAUACUUAACUCCUUCACUAGUUACAAUUAAACAUAAAUUGCCAUGUGCCAAUUUGGUUCCUCCCAUGACGAUCCUCAUAAUGUGCCCACGAUGGUUCUCACAAUCUUUCCGAUGAACUUUACACCCUCACCCCCCCCCCCCCCCCCCCCCCACAGGUACCGGUGGAAGAUCCGGUAUUUCUACUACGCCGCGUACAUCAAGCUCAAGGACAAACAUGCGCCACGUGACGCAGACACCUUCAGGUACGACGUCUUCAUUUCAUACGCGGUGACAGACGAGGCUUUCAUCAUGACU